CUCUCUCUCUCUGGAUCAUCGCCAACCCCUUCACUCCCCGAAACCCCAGUGCCAAAUCUAAGGUUCAUCAACACUCGGCCGUCGAUUCUCGAUAAUUUGUACUCUUCGAUUUGAAAUUGGGUUGCACCACUGCAGUGCCGGAAAAAACGUUCAAGGCCAGCCUUUACCAGAGAUAAAGGUGAUGAUUGGAUGGCAUUUGGAUCGAAGAGAGAGAGAGAGAGAGAGAGAGAGUCCAUAAAACUUAGGAAGGUCAUGGCGGGGAAGAAAGUUAUAGCUAUACUUCAAUCUGGCGGUGAAUUCGAGACCAAUCAAGAUGGCUCAUUGUCAUAUAGAGGUGGGGAUGCUCAUGCUAGGGAAAUUGAUGAGAACAUGAAGUACAAAGAUUUCAAGAGGGAAGUAGCAGAGGUGUUUAACAGCAAUCAUGGUAAUAUGUCCAUCAAAUAUUUCCUGCCGGGCAAUAAAAAGACACUUAUCACAAUAUCUAAUGACAAGGACCUCAAUUGCAUGAUCAAAUUCCAUGCUAACUCCGCCACUGCUGAUAUAUAUGUAAUUAUGGAAGAUGUAGUUGCAGCCCAUGUCUCAAACAUGUCUGCAAGCAGGUCAAGUCGGACUACUUUUUCAGGAGCAGGCGUUCUAGUUGACCCUCCUAAUGUUGUGGACAAUGUUGUGGAUGACAGUGUUAUUCUAGAUGAUAUUACCCAUGUCGAUGCCCAUAUGGAUAGUCCCACUGAUAUGCCUCCACCCUUUCCUUCUGAUGGUUCCAAUGAUGAGGAGAAGCAUCCUAAAGCUGCAAAAGAGUGGCAGAACAAACUCACGGGUGUUGGCCAAAGGUUCAAUAGUGUUAGUGAAUUUCGUGAGGCUCUAUGUCAGUAUGCUAUAGCACAUCAACUUACUUUUAAGUAUGUCAAGAACGACACUUCCCGCGUGACUGCCAAAUGUAAAGAACAAGGUUGCUCAUGGUUUAUUCAUGCAAGAAAGUUGUCAAACACCCAAGUAUUUCGUAUUAAGGAAAUGAAUGUCUUACAUACGUGUGAGGGGAAUACUAUGACAACCGGGGCUCGGGCGACUAAAAAUGUGUUAGCAAGUAUCAUCAAGGAGAAGAUGAAGGAUCACCCGAAUUACAAGCCCAAGGAUAUUAUGAGUGACAUUAAACAAGAAUAUGGACUUCAGCUAAAGUACCAUCACGCAUGGCACGGGAAAGAGAAUGCUAAGGAGCAGCUUCAUGGUUCAACUAAGGCCGCAUAUAGCCAGGUACCCAACCUCUGUGAGAAAAUAAUGGAGACAAACCCUGGUAGUCUAGCUACCUUCACCACAAAGGAAAACUCGAGCUUUCGUCGCCUGUUUGUAUCUUUUCAUGCCUCUUUGUAUGGCUUCCAACAGGGUUGCCGACCUCUGCUUUUCCUUGAUAGCACACCCUUAAAGUCAAAGUACCAAGUAACAUGGUUAGCAGCUACAGCUGCUGAUGGGGCUGACGAAGUUUUUCCUGUUGCUUUUGCAAUAGUCGAUGCGGAAACCGAUGAGAACUGGCUUUGGUUUUUGGUACAACUAAAAUCUGCAUUUUCAACAGCUCAGAGCAUAACGUUUAUUGCAGAUAGAGAAAAGGGACUAAGGAAUUCGAUUUCGGAUGUAUUUCGCGGUUUGGAUGUACACCAUGGGUACUGUAUACGCUAUCUUUCGGAACAACUUAUCCGAGACUUGAAUGGGCAAUAUUCCAAUGAAGUGAAGUGUUUGAUGGUUGAGGAUUUCUAUGCUGCUGCAUCUGCACCUAGGCCUAAAGACUUCCAGAAGUGUGUACAAAACAUUAGAAGUAUCUCAAUAGACGCUUAUAAUUGGGUUUUGCAGAGUGAGCCUUCACACUGGGCAAAUGCGUUUUUCCAGGGUGCAAGAUAUAACCAUCUGACAGCAAACUUUGGGGAGCUAUUCUACAGUUGGGCAUCAGAAGCGCAUGAAUUACCGAUAACCACAAUGGUGACUACUAUGCGGCUGAAGGUCAUGGAGUUGAUCUAUAGACGCCGUGUAGACUCCAACCAAUGGACGACAAGGCUAACUCCAUCCAUGGAGGAAAAGCUAGAGAAGGAAAGACUAAAUGUUUGUUCCCUUAAAGUGACAAUUUCAGGUGGUAACACGUUUGAGGUCCGUGGCGAGUCUGGCGACACCGCUGAAGAUGUUGAUCUUGACCAAUGGGUUUGUAGUUGCAAAAGAUGGCAGCUUACUGGUUUGCCAUGCUGCCAUGCCAUUGCUGUAAUCAAUUGCCUUGGUCGUCACCUAUAUGAUUAUUGUUCUAGAUACUUCACAACUGACAGCUUCAGGUUAACGUAUUCUGAAUCCAUACAUCCUGUUCCAAAUACAGAUUGGCCCACGGAGAAGGACUCUUCUAAUAGUGCGGUGACUGUAACCCCUCCUCCUCAUCGUUUUCAAGCAGGCCGGCCUCCUGCUGAUUCAAUUGAAUCACAAAGGGUGGUCAAACGUAAACGGCAACCAAAAUGUAGUAGGUGCAAGGGUACCGGCCACCAUAAGUCAACUUGCAAAGAGAUUUUGUCAGAAUGCUGAAACUGGUAGGUACAUAUCAAUAAAACUUUUGAGGUUUGUGGCAAUAAAACUUCGUUGCAUGGCAA